AUGUCCGCAAAUGGGGCAUCCUCAUCUCCGGAGCCCAGCUCAAAGCGUGUAGAACGCCUGCUCAAGGCAACACCUUUGAUCGAUGGGCACAACGAUUUCCCAUUCCUGCUUCGCCAGCAGUUGCACCAUCAAAUCUACGAUCAUGACCUCCGCGACAAUCUGGACUGCCACACAAGCGUCAAGAAGAUGCGGCAAGGCAUGAUGGGUGGCCAAUUCUGGAGCAUCUACGUGCCCAAUCCAGAGGAGGCGAGGCUUGUGGUUCCGGAUGAGGAUGCCGAAAGUCAGGAGAACGGUGCAGCCACCAAUGGAUAUCAUAUGUUGAAGUCUUAUGAGAAGAAGCAUACCUGUGGUUGUGAGCACAUCCCAGCAAACGGUGGACAGCGAGGGAAAGGCUUGGGUCUCAAUGAGCCGAACCACUGUGUUCGCGACACGCUCGAGCAGAUCGACGUAACUCAUCGCCUCAUCCGCGCAUACCCUUCGGACUUCACACUAUGUACCAAGCCUGCAGCGGUCCGCAAAGCACAUGCCUCCGGAACGAUUGCAUCCAUGCUCGGCAUCGAGGGCGGGCACUCCACAGGCAACUCAAUACCUGCACUGCGUCUCUUCUUCGAUCUGGGCGUCCGGUACAUGACCCUCACCCACAACAGCGACACCGCAUUCGGCACGUCCUGGAUCACAGUCGAUCCGCAGGUUCCUGGGGCCGAAGACAAUGGGCUGUCAAAGUUCGGCGAAGAAUGCGUGCGAGAGAUGAACAGGUUGGGGAUGCUGGUCGAUCUCAGCCAUGUUAGCCACCAGACGAUGCGAGAUGCGUUGAAAGUCGCCAGAGCGCCAGUGAUCUUCAGCCAUAGCGCAGCGUACUCAAAGACUAAGAUCGGGCGUAAUGUGCCGGAUGAUGUUCUACAGACUGUGAAGCAGAAUGGAGGUGUCGUCAUGAUUCCGAGCGUGCCGUUUUUCUUGAGGGAGUCGACAGAAGGGCAAGGCUUUACCGAGAUCCGUGCUACUGUCGAUGACUAUCUGGAUCAUGUUAUUUACAUAGCAAACCUGAUCGGCUGGGAACACGUGGGACUGGGAAGUGACUUCGAUGGGUGUGAGACCACAGCCGAGGGCCUCGAUGACACUUCCAAGUGGCCAAACAUGCUUGCAAGACUGAUCGAGCGCGAGAACGUGACGGACGACCAGAUUCGAGGCCUCAUCGGCGAGAACGUGCUACGAGUCUGGGAGCAGGCGGAGAAGGUGGCCAUCGAGAUUCAACAAGCAGGCGCGAAACCUACCGAGAAGCAUUGGGAAGGCAGGAUAUGGGAGCCGGAGAACUUCGACGUUCCUAGGAUAUACGCUCGUAAAUGA